AUGUUGUGCUACAUUCUAGCGUCAGCUGCUCAAGGUUCAAUGCAGGCUCCCGAUGUUGAGUAUGAACGUCAGCCUUGCCCUCAUGCGAAUAAAGGUUUAUGUCGUUACAAAGAUGGUGAGUGUAAAUAUCGUCAUACAAGAUGCCAAAAUUAUGAUUCAUGCUCACAGUCUAGUUGUCUUCUUGCUCAUGCACCACGAUCAUCUUCCAAACAUUGUUUUAGUGGCAUCCGAUGUUUUAACGCUGAUUGCCGAUUCGAACAUCCGGAAGGAUGGAAUGCUUGUAAUGAUGGAGUCCAGUGCACUAAUUAUGAGUGUAUUUUUAACCAUCCAUCUGAUCGGCCAAAUAAAUGCCCUAAUGGAAAUUCGUGCAAUAAUAAUAAUUGUAAGCUUCUUCAUCCGAACAGGCGUAUUGAGGUAUGUUCAUGGGGUUCACAAUGUCGAAAAUGGGAUUGUACGAAAGCUCAUCCGAUCGGUCGAACUCAACUUUGUCCGGACGCAGAUCAUUGCACGAAUAAGCCAUGCUCUUACUUACAUCCGUCUUCACAUAUCAAAAUAUACAUUGAACAAGAAGCCGUUCAUAACUUUGUGAAGCAACAAACAUCAGAAAUAAUUGAGUUGAGUGGUGCCCAGAAUAAUUUUCUUCAAUUUUCCGGCGUCAAAAUCUUGGAUACCAUUCGCAAAGAACAAGGUAUUAAAGAAGCAAAUGUUAAGGAUGGUAAACUUCAACUGUCAGGAAAUAAUUCAGCAAUUACUAAUAUAAAAUCUUAUCUGAAACAAGCACUUCAUGAACAAAAUGUGACGAUCACUAAUAGCUUGAAGAAAUAUUUACAGUCAUUCGCUAAAGGACGUUUGAUGAAGAGAUUUUUACAAAAAUAUUCUGUAGGAAUUUCUUAUCUCAAGAUAUCACCAAACGCUUCUUUGACUCCCACCAAUGAUAUGAAUACUGGUAAAAACCGUGUUGAUGGCCAUGAUAAAGAUGAAAGUGAAAAGCAAUACGAUAAUGAUCCUGAUUUGGAUCAAUCCGAAGACGAACAAGAAGAUGAUGAUGAUGAUGGAAUGAGUGAUAUUUCUACUACAUCUUCAAAUGUCACGAAUAUUUCCGGUAAUUUUAAACACCGUCGCAAUUUUGCUCAAAAAUUUGUACAAGUAACAUUAUGUAGUGAUUCAGAAGAUUCAUUAUCUAACGCCAUAAAAGAAUUACAAAGUUAUAGUUUAUACAAUCAAUCAUGGACGUUAACACAAGAUGAAAUUACAUACAUUUUGAAACAACCACAACCAGGCAAACCUUCACAAAACAAUACUAAAGUUCGUGACCAAUGUUUUCAGAUUAAAUAUUAUCUCAAUGAUCUUGUGCAGUCUAGGGCGAAUUCUAUCGUACAUAUCUUUUUAAAUUACAAAAAUGGUGUAUGGCGUGUGAAAGUGAGAGGAUUCAAGGAUCAUGUAAAUAAUGCUGUGUCCAAAAUAAAAAAUUACCUGAAUGAUUUUGUUGAAACAGAAGUACAACUUCCUAUUUCAAAAGCUAUGACAAUUUUUCUCCGAAAAAAAGUUUCGUCUGAUGUCAGAAAACUGGAAAAAACUCAUUGUAUAAAAAUAACAACUUUUUCGCCACCUAUUCGCAAACAUGUGAAUGACGAAGAAGAUGGUGAUAAUGAUUGCUUAAAACUCACUGGUUCUAAUUCACGUAUUCAUUCGGCACAAUCAAGUGUUGAAAAUUUUCUCGAAAGUUUAGCCGAACAAGAAAAACAAUUUCCUUGCCAUAGUUGGGAUAUUUCAAAUAAUAUUUCCAAAAUUAUUCGCACACGUCUGAGACAAAUGGAAGACUCAGAUGAUUGUGAAGCAAUAGGAUGGGUUUUACGCUAUACAGCAACUGAAAGAAGAGAUACUACACCAAAAGUUGCUAUUUCAAUAGUUGGUCGGAAUGAAGAAGCAGUUGAUGACGUAGCUGAACAAUGCCAAGAUAUUGCAGAAGGAUAUAUUAUUUGGAAACCAUCUGCAAAUCAGUAUCGCAACAUAUCUAGUGUGCUAUGGGGAAAAGGGGGACCGUCUAUCGAUGAAUUUCGACAACAAUGGAAAACUGACAUACGAUUUGAUCGAGAUACAAGUACUAUAACUAUACCUGCACGAUCGAAAAUGAUUGCAGAUGAUAUCAAAGAAGCUCUACUAAAUUUGGGAGAAGAAAAGAAAACUCGGAUAAAUCGUAUCUCUGAAUUCAUUCCUAUUCAAUUAAAUAUUCGUUGUUUUGUAAAUCAAGCUAUUGGUUCCUUGCUCGAUGAAGCAAAGUCUCAAAAAAUUUUUGUGGAAUCUAAAAAUUCUAAUGGAUUGACACUCCAUGGUCAAUCUAAUAUUGUUACUGAACUCAAACAAAAGAUCAAUUCUAUUAUCGAUGACAUUGUACAAAAAAAAAUUACGCGUCCUUUGAAAUUAUCAUCGAUCGAGUCAGAUUUAAUGCGAACCAAUUCAUAUAAUUUAGCAAAGCGUAUUGAACGAGAAACGAAUACUAUUAUUCGAAAUGUUGAAGCAGACAAGACUAGUCUUAAAUUAAUGAUUAAUUAUGAUGAUAUUAGCUCGACUAUAAUUGCUGUUGCAAAUGAUCGUGGCCAAACAAUUAUCGUAGAGAAAGGUGAUAUUACGAAGGCAAAAAAUGUCGAUGCUAUUGUAAAUGCCGCAAAUGGGUCAUUAUAUCAUGCGGGCGGUAUAGAUAAAGCAAUUGCUGACGCCGCUGGUCCUGUAUUUGAUCAAGAAUGUAAACAACUCAUUGUUAAGAAUGGAGAUUUACCUAUUCCUGCUGGUAAAGCAGUCAAGACAACAGCUGGUAAUCUUCCUUUCAAAUGUGUUAUUCAUGCAAUUGGUCCUCAAUAUACUGGUGGUAAUCAACAAGAGCAGCCAUUAUUAUUCUUCAGUGUUUUAUCAAGUUUGCAACUUGCUGAAGAGGAAAACUAUACAAGUGUUGCUUUACCAGCCAUUAGUUCUAAAACCUAUGGUUUUCCAUUAGCAGAUUGUACGAAUAUUAUGGUUCGUGCAGUAAAACAAUUUUUUGCUGAUUAUCCACAAUCAAAAGUAAAAAAAGUUAUUCUACUAGACUUGGAUGAUGCAGCUUGUAAUUCAUUUGCACGUGAAGUUGCCAUCGAUCAUAGCAAUGCAGUUUUAGACAAUGAAGAUGAUAUUAUGAACUAUGAGUUGCCUCCGUUGACAGCUAAAUGGUGUUGGCAAGACGAUCAUGAUGAAAAAAUAAAUAAUGACAGUGAUAUACGUAAAAUCGAAAGUGCAUUUCAACAAUAUUUAAAAACUUCAAUUUCACCAGAAUUGGAAAUUGCUCCUGAUAAUUUAAAAAGUGGUACUAUUGUUAAUUAUAGUAUCCAUUUUCGUCCUGAUUUGAAGCAAUUAUUGACAAAGAAUCCAAGUGCACUCAAUAGUCGACUCGUAUGUGGAUAUCAAAUGAGAAAAGAUACUGACUAUACAAGGAAUAUUAUUCGCUAUCCAGUAGUAGUACAACAACAGAACCAAGUAAAAUCUGUUAAUUAUCGUCCAAAACCAUUAGAUUCAUAUCACCUACAACUAGUCAUGACAGAAGAAAAUUGGAAUAUAACUGGUAUUACAGAUACAGCAGUAGAACAAGCACAAGAAGCAAUUAGAGCAGCCAUUCAUUCUGCCACUAUUUCAGAAUCUUUCUCCAUAAAUCUGACCAAAGAUCUUGAUUAUCAUAAGAAAGAACUGAUCAAAAUUGCGACACAACAGUUAAUUCAAAUUAAUUUUCAAGAAGAAUGUUCAGAACAACUAUCGAUGAUAUUAAAAGGUUUCAAAGCAAAUGUAUCAGAAGCAAAAUUAAAAAUUGCCUUAUACGCUCAAGAUAUCUUGAAAAUGCAAGUAGAAAACGAUGAUGAAUUGCGCAUACCUAAAGAAUGGGGUGAUCAAAGAGAAGGAUGUAAAUUACUUGAAAUUCCUAAGAAUGAUCCUACUUUUGCUCGUAUUGAAAACCGUAUGAAAGAAACUAUGAAUAAGGUGAAAAUUGAUAAAAUUGAACGAGUACAAAAUAUACGCAUGUGGAAUCAUUAUGCAUUUCAUCGUCGAGAACUUAAAAAAGAACUGUGUCUUACGCCUAAUUUACAAAUUGAAAUGGAACUAUUUCAUGGAACGAGAAGUACACUACCCAGUGAAAUUUACAAUGGUGAAUACGGUUUUGAUAUGACAUUUAGUACAAGUGGUAUGUGGGGUCUUGGCACAUAUUUUGCUAAAAAUGCUUCAUAUUCUAGUAGCAACUAUGCUUACCAAUUACCGAAUGGGAAACGUCAAGUAUUUUUAGCUCAAGUUUUGACAGGAGACGUAUAUGAUUGUAAUAGUGAUUCAUCCUUGCGUCGACCUCCAAAGAAAAAUGAGACAAUGUCUGGCCUACGAUAUAAUAGUGUGUCAGGAGAUACAGGAGACAGUAAAGUUUAUAUUGUGUACGAAAAUCGAGUGGCUUAUCCAACCUAUUUGAUUACGUUCACUUCAUAAAUUUCAAAAUAACUUGCAUUGAACUUGUUUUUCAUACGUGCUUGAAUCUGUAAUGAUUUUGUUAUGCUUUUCAAUAAAAUAAACAACAAGAUUUAGAUAAUAAUGACUCUUUUAAUAAGUUUUCGGUUACGGAAUAUUGCAUGUGUUGAGAGGUGAUUAACUUAGUUCAUACGUAUACAAAAAACAAUCCUUAACCAAAUGUUUUCAUGUGAGUCUUGAGUACUUGUGUUAGCCUUUCAAAUGGUAUAUUAUUGGACAACCUCUUCUCUUGUAAUAAUACAAAAUAUAAACAUAAUAAUGUGAAGAUAAAUUUUUCAUAAUCGAUCC